UUAGGUAAUUAUAGAUAUAGCCGCAAUUUGUAUAAUUUGCUAUUAAUAUACAAAUUCCCAUGGGCCUGAUCAAAUUGGUUUUGGGCUGAGAACAAUGGCAUCCAAUUGUAAAGUCCAGUGGUUUAUGUAGACUUGAGCUCACGGUCAAGGAGGCUUGUUGGCGCCAGCACCACAACAGCAGAAGGAACAUAAUGCGGUUGCUCUCUCUUGCACGAAGGCUCUACAGAGCUCGUCCCAUCGCUUUUAAGCAUAUAAUCGGCUAUCAGCAUCCUUCAUUUUUUCCUGCGCGGCCAGAAAUAAGGCGCCAUUUCUUUGGGGCAUUUCGUCAACCAUCUGUCAGACACUAUUCCACUAUACCGCCCAAGCUCCCUUUCUUUAGCUCCGGCAAUUCCACUGGCUACGAAAUCAUCAACUUCGAUAAGUGUGGGGAUAAAUUGCGCCAACAGUCUCAUGUUGGUGUUCGCGAAUUUGUUGAGAUUGUACAAAAGGCCAGUGAUUUUGGUUCUCGAGAUGAAGCCAUGUCGUUUCUUGAUCAAUGCGGGGUCAAACCGAACCAAGACUUGGUCUUUUUGGUGACUUGGGAGUUGAGAGAUCAGUGGAAGUUAGCUUACUUGCUAUUCAAAUGGGGUGAGAAAUGCAAAUGUCUUGACGAAAGUACGUGGUGUUUGAUGAUAUGGAUUCUGGGCAACCAUGGUAAAUUCAGUACUGCUUGGUCUUUGAUCCGAGAUCUUCUUCAGAUGUCAACAAAUAUUCAAGAAGCGGUUCUCGUCAUGAUUGAUAGAUAUGCUGCUGCCAAUAAUGCUGGUAAAGCUAUACAGACAUUCCAGAUUUUGGAGAAGUUCAGUAUGUCUCCUGAUCAGAGAACAUUACUGACAUUCUUGAAUAUUCUCUGUAAGCAUGGUUUUAUUGAAGAAGCUGAAGAAUUCAUGCUUAUCAAUAAGAAGCUAUUCCCCUUGGAAAUUGAUGGCUUUAAUAUUAUUCUCAAUGGAUGGUGCAAUAUAGUGGUUGAUAUAUUUGAAGCCAAAAGAAUAUGGCGAGAAAUGUCCAAGUGUUGUAUUGAACCAAAUGGUACUUCAUAUGCCCACAUGAUUUCCUGCUUCUCCAAGGUUAGAAAUUUGUUCGAUUCACUAAGACUUUAUGAUGAAAUGCAGAAACGGGGUUGGGUUCCAGGCCUGGAGGUGUAUAAUGCUUUGAUAUAUGUACUGACUUGUGAGAAUUGCUUGAAGGAAGCUCUUAAGAUUAUUGACAAAGUGAAACAUAUGGGCCUGCGUCCUGAUUCUAGUACAUACAACUUAUUGAUAUGUCCUCUAUGUGAAUCAUCUAAGCUGGUUGAGGCGAGAAGUAUAUUAGGUUUGAUGGAGGAAGACAAUAUUAGUCCAACUAUUGAAACUUACCAUGCAUUUCUUGCAAGUGCUAGUCUAGAAGGAACUGUUGAAGUUCUUAACACUAUGAGAAAAGCUGGAGUUGGUCCGAACAGGGAGACCUUUCUGUUAAUUCUUGAUAGGUUUUUGAAGUUGAAACAGCCUGAAAAUGCUUUGAAGAUAUGGGUGGACAUGAAACAGUAUGAGGUAGUGCCUGAGUCUGCACAUUAUUCUCUUUUGGUGCGAGGACUUCUUGAGUGCAGGUUAUUUUCCCAGGCGAGAGAGUUAUAUGCAGAGAUGAAAUCCAACGGAAUUGAUGAUCCAGGUCUCCGAAAGUUCUUACAGCCAACUGGUCCAAGAGGACAAGGAGUUGCGUCAAAUCCUGAACAUACUAAAAAGGGGAAACUGGCGAAACAUGAGAGACACAAGGUGAUCAGAAAUGAAAAACAUAUAAGGUAAUAAAAUGAUUGUUUAAGGAUUGUAGCUCAUCCGAGCCUGAAGGACACCUUUAGAAGUUGGACAUAAACCUUUAACGGAUGCUGGAUACAAAGAUUUGUCAUGCUGGGACCAGGUUGGCGACAAUCUUGGUUGCUUCUAAAGAGAAUUGGUUACAAGCCCAAUUCACCAAACUAUUCUCUAGAUGGUUCAUAUAUCUGUGACUGAGUGGCCUAGUAGGGAUGUGUUUUGGAGGACAUGCAGAACUAAUCACAUGUGGUCUGCCAAAACAAAAGUGUUCCAAGACCAUCUUUGCGUUGCCAAAACUAUUACAUUGUCAACCUUGACAUUGCAUUGCUCUUCAUGGUUCAUCAACAUCCAAGACAACAUCCAUGCCCCUAGUAAACCUUGAUCUCGUUUCAGUAGCCGAUGCCAGCACUGGGACCACGUCUUUGGUUCGUGGGUCUUUGUAUAAUCCAAGAAAGGAGGUCAUAUUGGUGUAGAUAAAAGAUGGGGUGAAUAACUGAGCUUGCUGAAAUGGGCGUCGGGCCAAGUACAGCAAAAAAGUAGGGACUUUCUCAGCUGGCUUUGCUUCUUCAACCAAUCAAGUCCAGCUCAG